AAAGUUAAAUCAUGUUAUGUUUAUGAGCUUAGACGAAUUAUAUAUUGUAGGUGUCAUAGGACCUAGGGGCCGAAGCUUCAGUACAAAGACUUUUGGUUGCGGAAAUAAAUUAGUAGGUACAGAAAUCAGACAGUAAGAGUGCAUUAAUUUCAACUAUGUUUACAUAGUGAAUUGGUCUAGUGGUGUAAUACCAGGUAGGUUAAAAUAAACAUGAGUUCGAUCCCGGAUAACAAUAAGAUUUUUUAAGUGUUUUUUUUAUCUCAAUUGUUUAAAAACUAUUUAAAAGUAAGUGUUCCUCGAUGGAAAAAAAACUUAAAAGCUAAAAUCUCCAUUUAAAAUUGCCGCAGUUUUAGUUCUAAAAAUAUUCCGUUUGCGGAAAUAAUCUAUCGGAAAUAAUCGGAGUCUAUAAUCUAAUCUGUGUUGUUGCCAUAGAUAAUGCAGACUCGACUAUGAUAGAGUAUUCAUGGAGUAUUCUAGAAUUCUAGAUCUAUGGGUAGAUUUGAAAUUGAGUGUACCUUGGAGGAAUGAAUUAAUUCCGCCGAGGUACAGUCAACAAGAACAAGUACAACAACAAGAGUCAAGAGCACGUAAACAAAUAAAUAAAAAAUCCUAAAAACACCAAAAAUAUUUUUUUUUUUAUUGAAAACCACGUUACCACCUCUAAGGGACUGCAUAUAUAAUGUAUCAUCUAUGAGGGACUGUAACAUUUGUUCAGUCGUCGGAGUUGCGCUGAUCGUCAAAUACUAAUUUUACAUCCAAACAGUUACGCGAUUUACCUGCUGGAAAAACAAGAUGGUCAUGCAGGUGUUGGUAAGGUUAUUUAUGAUUUAUCUACUUUAGCGAGUCUUCCAAAUUGCCUCUUUUUGUUAAGAUACGCGUAUUAAAUACGUGGGAUGACUAAAACUUUGUUUCCACAGUAGCUCUGUACUCUGGUAGUGACUGACCAGAGUCCAGAACUACCUAGUGUUAUGGAAAUUGGAAUUCAAAAAUGUUAUCAUGAUAAGGUAAGGCCAUUUAGCUAAAGCUGAAGGUAUUCGUAUUUCUGGGUUCGAUUCUUGAGCUCCGAUGAACAGUAGGUACGUUUUUAUAUGAUUGGUGUUGCGCCUAGGUAAUCGCCUACGUAAACGGAUGACAUAAGUUUUUAGCUCAUAUAAAAGACGUCUGAGUAGCCCCUUUGCGCUAACCGUCAACUCACCUAACACCACAUGGACAAGUGCAUGUGUCUGUUAUGAUGCUAACACAAAAUAAACUUAAUAAUGCUAACAUAAAAUAAACUUAUAACUGCAGUUCAGCAGUACGUCUUAGACGUGAAACUUCUUUAAAAUAAUAUUAGACGACCUAGGCGUAGGUACCUACCUACAUACCGAAGUUUACACAAAUCAUGCACCUGGAAUAAAUAUCCAUUAGGUUAUUUAACUACCUAGUAAAUAUUAAGUAUACCAAAUCAAUUUAAUUAAAAUCUUAAUCUUUUUAGGAGAUCAAAACAUAAUCACCCCUGUAAUAAAACAUUCUUUUACGAGAAGAGCUCACAGCACGACUUGCGGUCCAUUCGGCAACUCGAAAAGCAGAGACCUUAUUUGCAUCCAAGCUUUGGACGGCACAUUGAGUAUAUUUGAUCAAGACACAUUCUUGUUUAUGUGCAUUUUCAACGACAUAAUUAUACCUGGGCCGAUUAACUACGUGGCUACUAGUGAUCUAUUCAUAAUUACGAAAUCAACUUGGAUACUGGAAAUCUACAGUUAUCAGCAGUUAUGCGAAUUCAGUGAGUUAAGCAUGCGACCAAAUAAGAAUAACACCCGCAUACCGCAAUGGACUUACAACGCAGGAGAAGAAAUCAUGUCAAUACAAGUAAUUCGGACGAGCACGAAUUUCGCCAGUAUUAUUGCGUUAGGCGAAAGGCACCUCUACUGUUUCCAAGAUAAUGGAUUAAUGAAAUAUAUUAUAAGAUUUGAUUAUAUACCAAUUUGCUUUCACGCUUAUUUAAUCGGCUGGUACUAUGAACCUAAUUCUAGAUUGCUUGUGAUGGUAACGUCAGAAGAUGCAAAGUUAUAUGUUUACGAAGCCACGACACUGCUGUGGUCAUGCGAUUUGGCGCACAAGGCAAUAUCACUUUCCCGAUGUUUUCUAAGCUCUCUGCCAGGUGGACUGUUGACGUUGUCAAAUAACGGGAUAGUCAAUGUUAGUUAUUUGGGAACCGAACCGGACUUGAAUCCAAAUGCCAUUCCCAUUAACGAAGCGUUCGAUCCUAAACAAGUACAAGACGAUUUAGAGAAAGUGGAGGAAUCCUUGCAAAAAAUUAUGGAUGCCAAAGAAGGUUUAGACGAACAUGACAUGGACACAGAAGAUAUAAUCAAAAUAAAACUCGAGUGCGGAAAACCUGCAAGAAAUAUUUUUUCCCAAUUUGAAAUAGAAAACGCAGUAGAACCUUUGCAAACGUGUCCAGUGAUUGUUGUCAUAACAUGUGAAGAUCCAAAAAAUGUUCAAAGCCUACAAAUAACUUAUGAUUGUAUACCGCCUCUAAUUUCAUCUGAGACAACAAUAUGUCUAGACACUAUUAAUGGUACAGAAAUAGUUGAAACUUAUAUUAUCCUAUCAGGAGACGCUGAUAUCUCUGAAAGUAGAAUUAAUAUAAAAUUUACGGUUACCGACAAUAUGGGAAAAGUGAAGGUACUUUCAAAGAGUACAUUGCUUCCACUUGGUUUAUAUUGCUAUCCUUUGGAGGCGGUAGAAGAAAAUAGUUAUCAAAUGACCAUUGAAACAAAUCAGACCAAACUGGAUCUAACUGAAAUACUGUCAGAUUUUAGUAAAGAAGAAUUAGCAAGUUAUAUUUCUAAUGACACACUAACUUUCGCAUAUCGGACGUCGCAAAAAACUGUAACCAUUAAAGCAUACGAUAAUAACAUGUACAGAAUAGAGGCAAAUGAAGUUACAGAAAUAGCUCCGAUGUUGAACCACUUUGUACAGAGACUUGAGGACCAUUACAAGCGUAUAGAUGUAGCAGAGUUCGAAAUGAACGUUGGUAUUAAUGGCGAAAUAAUUCGACAAAUAAUGCACAAGUUUUUGAAAAGCGUUGAAUUGCAUGCUCGGCAAAGAGUUAAAUUAAAAGAUCUAGAAGAAGAACUGAACGUGCUUCAGAGACAAUUCACUUUGAUACAGAAACGAUUACUGGUGCAAUAUGGAUCUUUGCCUCCAGGUGAUUGCGAUCCCUUGGAAUUCCUCAUGAAAGACACACACGAGCGAAUUAAAACUGUAGCUCAUGAAAUCAUGGAAAGCAAAAACUGUGUGGUCAGGGCAGGGAAUACGAUGCGGACAAUUGGAUCUCUUAUUGUUUACAUUCUGAAAGAGGCAGUUAGCGACCAUUUGAAGGUCAAACUCAUUGAAGAAAUGUUGUCUUUAGAAACACUAAACGGUCAUUUUCAGGAAUGGGAGGAAGCCGUUGCUCAAGUAUCUUCAUACAUUCUCAACAAGAUUCUCAAAAAAUCAGAAAAGGAUAAAGAAAAACUAGCGCCCGUCACCGAUCAAGAUAUACUCUCACAAACCAACCUUAAGAAACUUUUAAAGCAGUUGCGAGUCAUAUUGGAAAAAGUAUUUUUCAAUGUUCAAGAAACAGCUACUGAUGAGGGCAAGGGAAACAUAACACGCAUAGAAGAAUUUGUUGAAGUUAUAUAA